GGAAUGAGUAGAAUAGGCCAAAAUGGACAACAUUUUUCCUUCAUCAUCAUUUACUUUACAACUUAAUGAUGAUGAUUAUUUUGAGCCCUUUGACCCUUCUUUUGUCUUCCAACAACAACACUCUCUUCCGCCGCUACUCAAUCCAGAUGUGCCGUUAGCGGCGGAGGCGGAGGCGGGGAGACGCAGAAAGGGAAAGAAGCAGCUGCCGGAGUCCCCGGCGGCCGGCAAUGGUGGCGUUGGAGGUGACAGCAAUGCCAAGGGUGACAAGCAAAGAAAAGCUGAUCAUAGGGAGAUUGAAAGGCGAAGAAGACAAGAAAUGGCUACCCUUUAUGCUUCCCUUCGCAAUGAACUCCCUCUUGAAUACCUUAGGGGGAAACGUUCAAUAUCUGAUCAUGUUAGGGAGGCAGUGAGGUAUAUAGAGCAGAAGCAGAAGAGCAUUAGAGAAUUAGAAGCCAAGAGAGACAAGCUAAAGAGGGAUGUAAUUUCAGAUCCCAAUAAAGUAAGAAUUAUUAGCACAAGGAGUGAAGACACUUCACCUUCAAUAAUGGUCAAAAUCCAGUCAAGCAGAGAGGGUGUUGUUGAGAUUUUGAUAAAUUGUGGGCCAUCAAAACUAGGGUUUGGAGUAUCAUGUGUUCUUGAACUACUUCAUGAAGAAGGGCUUGAUGCAGUUAGCUGUUUCUGCUGUAGAGUUGAGGGAAACCUUCUCUAUUCCAUCCAAGCUGAGGGUAGUCAAGAGACAAGUGUUGAUCUUCAAAUGCUGCGGCAAAAGGUGACUCAUAGAAUUACAAUUAAUAUCACCAAUAAUUUGAUCCCAUGAAUUUUAUUUUAGGCACUACAUUUUUCAAUUAUUUGUUUGUUUGUUUGUUUGUUUACAAAAUCCAUCUAUUUAGUGUUCAAGCUAGAGUUUUGUCAAUGAUGUUUCCAAAUGGAGUUUAAGGUGUCACUUAUUGGUAAUUAAGUUACAUAUCUCUUCAAGUAAA